GGAAGGAAGAGGGCUUUCUUUAUUAUAGCAAGGUAAAGUACCCGCUCGCGGGAGGAGGAAGCUCUCUCCCUCUCUCUCUCUCCUCCAAGAUCGAUGGACACCACGGCGUUCAUCACAUCGCUGGUCACCUCGCUGCUAAUCUUCCUCUUUCUGUCGCUCCUCUACGUCUUGCUCGCGCGGCGGCCCAAGAAUUACCCAGUCUACUACCCCGCCGUGCUCAUCCGCGAGGAGGAAGGCAAGGGAAAUCCCGAGGUUGCGCGCCUGCGCACGCCCUUCCAAUGGCUGAGCGAGGCCUGGCGAGUCACCGAGUCGGAGAUUGUGAGCUUCGCGGGCCUGGACGCCGCCAUCUACAUUCACCUCCUGGAUGCCGCGCUCAAGAUCCUGAGCAUAGCGGCGCUGUUUUGCCUUCCCGUACUCGUCACGGUGGCAGCACUGAGUGACGACUACGCGAGAAAAGCGAGGCCAAGCACCGGCGGCUCCACCACCGCCACGAACUCCACCGAUGCUACAUUCUCUGGCCUGAACAAGCUGGCCAUGGGAAACAUACCGGAGCGGAACGCCAAGAUCUGGCUCUUCGCCAUCGGCGCCUACUGGCUCUCGGCGGCGGUCUACAUCGUGCUGUGGACAAAGUACCGCCGAAUCUCCAAGCUCCGCAAGUCCGUGCUCUCCUCGGGCGCCAGGCCCGAGCAAUUCGCGGCGCUGGUGCGCGACAUUCCCCGCUCCCACCGCGACACCGCCCAGAUCGACGCCUUCUUCCGCCGCAUCCACCCCGACUCCUACGAGCGAUGCAUCCCGGUGGGCGAUCUCGGCGGCGCGUCCAAGACGUGGAAGGCGAUGGAAUCCACCAAGGCGAAGCUGGAUCGCGCGCAGGCCGGGGUGACGAGCAGCAAUCGCCCGCAUCACAAGACUGGGACGCUCGGAUUGCUCGGUCCCAGCGUCGACUCCGUGGAUUUCUACAAGGAGAAGCUCCGGGAGGCGAGCGAACGGCACAAGAGCAGUAAAACCGCGGCGGCGGCGGCGCCGCCGGGGAGAGCGGCGAUCCUGGUUUUCAACAAUCCGGCGGCGGCGGCGGCUUGCGGGCAGUGCGUCUACUCGGCCUCCUCGGCCGGGCGAUGGGUGACGAGCCCGGCGCCGGAGCCACGCCAGAUGAUCUGGGGGAAUGUGAAUAUCCCCUGGUACCAGCGUUACAUCCGGCAAGCGAUCGUCUACACGCUGGUGGCGCUCACCAUCCUCUUCUUCAUGAUACCCAUUGGUUUCGUGUCCGCCUUCUCGACGCUGGACAAGCUCGAGAAGCUAGUGCCGUUUGUGAAGAACAUCGAGAAGAUCAAGGUGUUGAGCACCGUGCUCCAGGCCUACUUGCCGCAGCUGGCGCUCAUCGUGUUCUUGGCGCUCUUGCCGACGCUGCUGCUCUUCCUGUCGCGGAUGGAGGGGAUUGUGUCGCAGAGCCAUGUCGAGCGCGCCGCCGCCGGGAAGUACUUCUACUUCAACGUCUUCAACGUGUUCUUGGGCAUCACCAUCACCAGCUCGCUGUUUGACACGGUCAAGAAGAUCCAGAAGGAGCCCAACUCGACCGUGUCACUGCUGGGCGCGGCCAUUCCACCCGCGGCAUCCUUCUUCAUCACCUUCAUCGCCCUCAGGUUCUUCGUUGGCUAUGGCUUGCAGCUCUCGAGGCUGGUGCCGCUGAUCAUGUUUCGCAUCAAGAAGAAGUACCUCUGCAAGACGAAAGAGGAUAUCAGAGCUGCAUGGGCACCCAAAGAUUUUAGCUAUGCCACCAGAGUUCCCGGAGACAUGCUCAUACUCACCAUCGCACUCUGCUAUGCUGUGAUCGCACCCAUGGUUCUUCCUUUUGCGCUUGUCUACUUUGCCUUCGCGUGGAUCAUCGCUCGGCACGAGGCGUUGAAGGUGGUGGUGCCGGCUUAUGAGAGCUACGGUCGAAUGUGGCCUCACAUCCACACUAGAAUUAUUGCAGCUCUUCUCGUCUCGCAGCUUGCAAUGCUCGGCUACUUCUCCAUCAAGAAGUUUGUGUUCAGUCCCAUCUUGGUGCCGCUGCCCAUCGCCACACUGCUCUUCGCUCUCAUCACCAACAAGAUCUACUAUCCCACCUUCAAGAAUCCACCGCUGGAGGUGACCGGUCUCACCAAGGAGCACAUCCCCACCGUCUCGAGCAUCGUCACUGCCUACACGCCGAGUUAUCUCGACGAAGAGCACGAGCGGGACAAAUUUGAAGACGCUCGAUCUGCGGUGACGUCGGCGGGGAUCGCAGCGCCGCCUGUUUGAUCGAUGAUCGAUGGAUUCCUGCCUGUGCCUACUUACUUGUUUUGUGUAAAUUUGUGUUAUUGUGUAUGAUAAGCUCCGCCUUUCAGCCA